GGGUGUCAUUUCACGUGUACAGGUUGCUAUAGUAACAGGAUUCGAGUGGGUAUAAACAUUACAUAAACAAAUUAAGAAGAAAUAUCAAUACUAAUGCAACGUCAUAUGUCAGCGCAGGCAAAUUUACUGAUGAAAAUUUUUGUGAUGUCUAAUCCAAGUCGUAUGUCUUUGUCAGUAUGUAAACAUGUUUCCAGAAUUCGUGGAACUCCUCCAAAACGUAAUUUUACACAUACACACAGUUCACAUACGAGUAUAUUUACUGAACCACUGACAAAGACAAGUCAACUUGAUGGAGUACGGAAAAUCAUUAUGUCCAACCAGAAAACAAGGAAUGCUCUUUCACUUCAGAUGAUGGAAGAUCUCAUAAGUAAUAUUACAUUUAACCAAGAUGAUCCUGCCUUAAGAUGCAUUGUUCUAUAUGGUGAAGGAAAAGUAUUUUCAGCUGGCCACAAUCUUAAGGAGUUGACCAGCAAGGAAGGCAUUGAGCACCAUAACCAGGUGUUCUCCACAUGCUCUCGUCUAAUGCUAGGGAUCAUGCAGUGUCCUGUUCCAGUCAUAGCUGUAGUGCAAGGUUUGGCCGCUGCUGCCGGCUGCCAGCUGGUGGCAACUUGUGAUAUUGCUAUAUGCACAGAGAACAGCUCAUUCUCAACGCCUGGUGCCAAUUUUGGCAUUUUCUGCUCCACUCCUGGCAUUGCUGUAUGCCGAGCAGUUCCAAGGAAAGUUGCUGCUCAGAUGCUAUUCACUGGACUUCCUCUUACAGCUCAGGAGGCUUUGCAGGCAGGUCUUGUCAGUAAAGUCGUCUCACAAGAAGAGUUAGAUGAAGAAGUUAAAAAAGUUGUGGAUGCUAUCAUUCACAAAAGUCGUUCAGUAGUGGAAUUGGGAAAGAAGUUCUUGUAUGAACAGCUGGAGAUGGAUAUCAAAACGGCUUAUCGGCAUGGGCAAGAGAUAAUGGUGAAAAAUCUGACAAUGACUGACUGUCAAGAAGGAAUUCGAAGUUUCAUUGAGAAGAGGAAACCAAUCUGGACACAUGGUUUUGAGAAAUGUCACUAGAGGAUUGUAACUUGGCUUUUGGUAGUUUAAGGGUAACAGCUGAGACACAGAAUUGAAAAAUAUCACAUAAGUUUGGGAAAGCAGUUUUUAAUUAGUUGUAUUUUUCUUCACUGCACAAGUUUGCUGCAUCACAGUAUGGUAAACCUGUAAAGGUUGCCAUAGAAUAUGUUGCCUGCACUGUUUUAAGAAAACAAUAGAUUUUUGAUCCCUGACUAAUGAAGUAUAGUCAUCCGUAUCUUUCAGAGAAUUAAGUAAUGAUAUUUACAAACAGUAAUGGCUUGUCUGUAGAGACUAGGUCCAUUAUAAAUCAGUGAUAAAUACUGUGAUAAUAGCCACUCCAAACUAAAAUAUAUUAUUAUUGUUAUAAGAGUAAUAUUACCAAUGACAACAACAACAACAACAACAACAACAACAACAACAACAGUAAGCUACAAUAAAAUCGGAUGGCCAAGUAUGGCCAAAACAUGUAACAGUUUAAUUUUAAUUAUAAUUUUAAUAUUAUUUUAAAUUAAGGAGUAAUUGUAAACAAAGGUGCAUUAAAGACAGAAGUGAAAGUGAUACAUCAGUGCAACAGGAUGCUGAAAUACAAUAUUUUGGAUUAAUACCAGUAAUAAAUAUCAUGACUAGUGAUGUUAAAAAUAAAAAUAAAUAUAAAAAUGAAUUGUUAUCCAAAUUUUCAAAAAGUUCAUUUAAUACUGGGUUCUUUAUGUAUUUACUGAUCCUAAUUCCUCCUCUGUUAGAAGUUCCUAACCUAACAUUAUUUACAGGAUAAGUAAGGAUAGGACUCCAGUCAUUUAAUAAAGUCCACUUACCUGUAUCGCCACAGGACAUUAUUUACAUUUUUUACCUGCUAACAGUCUCCAUUGACUCAUGCAUGACAAACUGGUGAGGUUUCAGGAUCUCUGAGUUGAGAACAUGAAUUUUGCGUUAAAUAUGAUGUAUUCAGUUUCAUCCCAACAAAUAAUUAUGACUGAUUUGUGUCGUGCGUUAAAUUAACUAGAAAUUCUCAGCAGAUAAGUGUUUAAACUUUUAUAUUGAACAUGUAAUGUCAAUAUAUAUAUAUAUAUAUAUAUAUUCAGGAGAAUUUAAAAGGUGCAAUUAACAACUUAAUGACUUUCUAAGAAAAUGGAACUAAUAUAUUUUAAUGUUACAUAUUAUACUUACAAUUCUGAAUAACUUUAUUACAUACAUGAAAGCAUCCAUGGCCACACAAGAAAAUAAUGUUGGUGACUUAGAAGGGCCAUGGAUGUUAACUACUGGUCCAGAAUUGCUAAUGGAUGUUCAGUGUGUACAGCUUUUCCAGUCUUGUUUACUGUUUUCCAUUUUAAUAUGUUUAGAAAAUUAUUCAUUUCAAUUCUGUGAACAUACAAAGGUCAGAUAAAAUGUAGUGGCAACACCUCUGUAGUUCUGAAAUGAUUUUAUUACCUGAGUUAAACACACUUACUUUCCUUCAAUAUAAUCACCCCCCUUUUGUACCACCUUCUGCCAAAUGUGUGGAAGGCAUCAUACACCAUCUGCGCGUCCACUUCUGUUGAUGUCCAGCAGUGACCACCCUACAGCAUGACUAAUCUCCUCUCUUGUGUUGUAACAUGUCCCUCGCAGUGGUUCUUUCAUUUUGGCAAAGAGAUCAUAAUUGCAUGGACUCAUAUUGGGUGAGUAUGGCAGAUGUUGCAGUAUCUCCCAUCGCCAGCGGCAAAGGAGAUCCUUGACAGCAUCAGCAGUAUGAACCCUUGCAUU